AUGUUUAACGAAAACGAGAUCCCUCAGUUCCAGCGCCCUUUCACCCCCUCCAAAGACACGGAGAUUGACACUAGCAUCAAUUUCCCUGCCAAUUCAAUUCUAAAUAACAUAUCAUUUCAAAAAUUAUUGGAUUGGUUAGAUGAAUGCACAGAAGGCUUACCAAUCGUGGAAAGUUUUGCGAGACGAUUCAACGUUACUAGGGGUCAUAUAGCGGCAAUAUUUUCUGCUAUAUUAAUUCUGUACUUUAUUUUCGGCUGGAAAAUUAACAUCUUUUGCAAUACAAUAGGGUUGGUAUAUCCAGCAUUUAAAUCUCAUAAGGUUUUACUGAUUCAUAGAGCCAUGACUGAAAGUCCAAAAGCAACAGCUACUAUCACAACUGGGGGAAAGGACAAAGAAAAUGACACAAACCCUCAAAUGCCUACUUGUCUCAAUGGAAUCCAAGGGGAAAUUAUGUUUUGGCUUAGGUACUGGAUUGUUUACUCGCUUUAUUUAUUUAUUUCGAUAUUAAUUUUCCCCUUGAUAUCAUGGUUGCCACUAAUAUCUAUAGUUCGGGUUGGUUUUAUCCUAUAUCUCUACCAUCCAUACACUAGAGGGGCCAACGCGAUCUACUACCUCGUAAUAUCACCUCUGCUAAGCAAAAACCAGAAGAUCAUAGAACAGGCCAUUGACACCCUCGAAAGGGUUGCGAUGGGUGAAAUCAGGAAAUUUACAGAAAAACAAAUGAAGCUACACUAA